AUGGGGGUGGGGGGCCAGGGAACGUGUCUGGAGGCAAGAACAGAGGAGGAAGAUAAAGAGAGUGGAGCAGAGGGUUGUUCAAAAUGUCCUGAAAGAGAGAAACCUGGUGGUUUGGAUGUUCUUGAAGAAUAUGAGUUAACUAAAACACUGAAGCACAGCAUGAGACGACAGGUUUUUAAUGUUCUUGUUGGCCAUAUUACAGAGGUUCAUGGGAGGAUUCCCACCUGUAAACAGAGAGAGACAUAUGCCUUGUGCUUUGUUUCUCUUUUCCCUGCUCUAAGAGACCCAUAUUCAUCGAAGGGCUAUGUAAAUCAAGACUUAAUUUUGCUGUUCAAUGUUGAAACAUCUGCAAAAUUACUUGAGCAGUGGCAGAUAGCAUUCAAGCCAAAAGUCAUCAAAGAAGCAAAGUCUCUCUCUUUGACAGCAGAACUUCAAAGUCACAUCGGUGCAGCAGAGAAACAACUGUCUAAAAAUGGAGAAAAAGUUAAAAUCCAUCCCAGUGAUGCAGUUGACAGGCUUAUACAUUUUCAUAAAUCCUGUACCAGUAUUGAACAUCUCUGGAGGCGAGAAGGCCACCAACUAUACCUACUUGCAGUAGGACAAACCAAGAAGAGGAUUGACAAUUUUUAUGUCAUUGUUGACAAGCAGCUCAUCCCCUGUGCAGGAACUACCUCCGUGAGUGCCUUAGAUGAACUUUUCAAAGUUCAUUACUUCUUUAAUCUAACCUAUGAGAAAUCCCUCACAAAUGUCUACACUUUUCUACAGCCAACAAUCUACAACAUUGACAUAGGUCUAACAAGCGAGUUGCCAAGAGUAAGAGAACUAUGUGUGAAAUUGUUAAACAAUGUUUAA